CACGAAUUGAAGAAGCUCCCUCCUCCACCCGUCCCCAGAUUCUGUCUGCCAAUCAGGAAAGAAGCUGCGCAACACGGCUCUGACGCGAAUGACUGUGGGGCUUCUGCAGAGAAAAGUGAAAAUAAAUCGUCCAGAUCUCGGGGACAGGUUGCGUGUCUCCUGUCGGUGACAAUGUCCGCUGCCGAGGUCAAGGCGGGCUCACAGAAUCUGGAGCAGUUCCUGCUGUUGGCCAAGUCUACGCGUGGUGCCGCCCUGGUAGCACUCAUUCAUCAGCUGCUGGAGUGCCCAGGGGUGUAUUUGUUUGGGGAGGUGUUGGACAUGCCCAAUGUCCGGGAGCUGGAGUCUGGACCACAUGCCCCUGUCUACCAACUUCUUAACUUGUUUGCCUAUGGCACAUACUGUGACUACCGUGAGAAUGCUUCCUCACUUCCGGAACUUAGUGAAGCUCAGAAGAACAAACUUCGCCAUUUAUCUAUUGUCAGCCUGGCUGCCAACUUGAAGUGCCUCCCUUAUUCACUGCUUCUUAAGGAGCUGGAAAUGAAGAAUGUACGACAACUAGAAGACCUCCUCAUUGAGGCUGUCUAUGCAGACAUAAUACAAGGCAAGCUGGACCAACGCAACCAGCAGGUGGAGGUUGACUGUAGCAUGGGAAGGGAUUUGCGAAGAAGUGAACUAGCUGGCAUCUCUCAAACUCUGCAAGAGUGGUGCUCAGGGUGUGAAGCAGUGCUUGCAGGGAUUGAGGAACAAGUUACAAGAGCAAACCAAUACAGAGAGCAACAGCUGAAAGUGAAACAGCAGGUUGAAACAGAGGUAUCAAAUCUUCAGAAGACACUGAAGGCCACAGCCACGCCUUCCACAUCAGGCCCGUCCUGCACAGCGGGUACUCCCAGUCAAGAUCCAGACCAACAUGCAAGUGAGCUCCGAGAUUCUGCCCCUUCCCAAGAUGCCAGGCAGUCGGGCAAGAAAAGCUCCAAAGUGAAAGGGUUGCGAGGCAGUGGCAAGAUUUGGUCCAAGUCCAACUGAAGAUGAAGAAGGUUGGGAAAACAGGAAGAUGUUAGUCAUAUGGAAGGUCUGGAGCCUGCAAUCUCAUUUCAUCAUGUUAAAGAGAGGAGCUUUGUGCUUCUUCCGCUUCUUAUUGUGAGAGGAGCAUUCACAAAAGGGACAGGAUUACAUUAUUUAACACAGUAGCACAGACGCACAGUGUGCUGUGUUGUGGGCUUGGGUGCAACCUGAAGAACUUUAGUGUUAAGCUGCUUUCUGUCAUCAAUAAAAUGCUAAUAAAAGCCCUUUCUUCUCUUCUAA